CUAGACUUCCAAUGGUUUAAAAGAAUUCGAAGGUAAAAGAAAAUAAACUUAAUAAAGCAGAGGAACCCUAAACCCUUUUACUAUCCUCUUCACGUCCUUCCCUCCUCUCUUCCAGCAGCUGCCUCUCUCCGGUUUAGUUUCGCCGCUGCUGUAUUUCUUUGGCUCCUGCCUCCACAGCCUCAUCCUUAGAGGGUUUGCUCUGGAUUUCUACUCUAUCAUUGUUUCUGCAUUAAGGGGGAAGAGAGCUAAUGGUGGAAGUAUGGUGGUCGCUAUUGGGAGCAGCUAUUCCAGCAGUAGUUGCAGGGCAAGUAUACAGAAUGAAGAGGAGGCAUUCUGAGGAGCAGAGAAUAAAGAUUGCUUGGGGUAGGGAGAAGAAUCCGGAUGACAUUUUUGUCUGUGAGAGGGUCUGCACAUCAAAAAGAAUGUUGAAGAAGGUAGGGUCUUUCUCGAAAGAUCCAAUUCCCGAUACAUGCGUGACUGUCUGUGGAUUAUCUGAACUUGAUGCCUGCACGGAUGCAUGUGCUCGCACUGUUUGUGUGAACCAGCAUCAAGUACCAAACUGGAAUGACGUUUGUCUUAGGAGAUGCCAGAGUGAAUGUCUCAAGCUUUCUGCUUCACAUUCAUCUUAGUGAAAUGAUAUGAUUCGUAAAUAAUGCAGUUUUUUUCUAGUAUUGCAUUUUGGAUUGUAAACGUUGGCCUGGAAUUCUUGGUUUUCUGGAGAUGAUAUGAAAUGCGUUUCUCAAUUUACCCA